AUGCCACCCUACACGGCUGCGCAGAAGCAGACCAUCGCGCAAUUUGUCGCACUGACUGAUGCCAAGGACGCAGUCGCUGCCAAGUUCUUGAAGGGUGCGUCAUGGCACCUUGAACGAGCUGUUGACGCAUACUUUUCCACCCCCCUGGGUGAACCUAGCCUGCAGUCAGUAGGCCGCCUCUUCGAUGAGUACCGAGACAACAUCAAGGACAGCCCCAAUGGCAUUGGCAUUGAAGGAGCCAUGAAGUUCUUCAACGAUAUCAACGUCCCACUAGACGAAGUCACCUGUCUCGGAAUCAUGGAACUAUGCAAGUGCCCAGCAAUGGGCGAGUUCACUCGCGAAGGAUUCGUGGACGGCUGGCGAGGCGUACUAUGCGACACAAUCCCCAAAAUGACCACCCACGCCGCCACCCUCCGCACCAAAAUCCCCACAACCCCAGACCUCUACCGCCGCAUCUACCGUUACGCUUUCCCAAUCUCCCGCAUGCCCGGCCAACGCAACCUCCCCUUCGACCUCGCCGCCGAACAAUGGCGCCUCUUCUUCACCGCCGACCGCGGCGGCAUCCCCUGGAGCACGGCCAGCACGCCCUGGCUCGAAUGGUGGCUCGAGUUCCUGGAGGAACGGGGCAAGAAGCCCGUCAACAAGGAUUUGUGGGAGCAGGUGGAGGUUUUCAUGCGGAAGACCAAGGAGGAUGAGGCAUUUGGGUGGUGGAGUGUUGAUGGGGCAUGGCCUGGGGCGUUGGAUGAUUUUGUGACGUUUGUGCAGGGGAAGAGGGGGGAUGGAAGUGCUAUGGAGCUGUAG